UGGUGGAGAAGCCCCGUGGGAUACAGCGGGGGGUGGGGGGAGUUUUUAGCGCCGCUUCCCCGUGGGCAGCAUGAAGCGUCGAUCAGGUUUUCCCCGGAACUGGAAGUUGGACUUUAGGGACGACCCCUUCGCAUUUUUUCACUUUCGUGCUUCGCUGAAGAGGGGAGGGUGUGAAAAAGUUUUGUUGGGAGUUUUUCUUCCCCAGGUUUGUCUCGGAGCCAGUUUUUGUGGCGGACUGCUUUUUUAUUAUUAUUAUUUUGGUUGCUUUUGUUAAACGAAGGCGAGCUUGAGACUUCCGGGGUUUGGUUUUUUUCUUCUUCUUUGCUUGUUUUGGCUGCUUUUUGGACGGAAAAGCGCUUGCAAUUUCGGUUGCCUCGACUGAGGAGGAAAAAACAUUCCGUUUACAGUGAGUCUGAAGCAGUAAAUACCUUCUUCCUUUCAGCUUUUGCAUGUGGACGGUUCCGCUGACUUUUGUUGUUCUUUUCCAGCGUUCUUUUGAAUGCUUCUGGAGGAGCCCUGAGAUCGAAACCUGAAAAACAAGGCGCCUUCGUGUGACUUGCAGUUAGUUGCGGGUUCUUCGCGCACAGAUUUGGGUUUGGUUGGUAACUGAGUCAUUUUAAUUUGGGGCUUGUUGGUAAAGCCUGGGAGUUCAUUGGACACAGCUUUCCAGACGGGGGAAGACUACGGGUCUUUUCGCCCAUAAUGGGAGCUAAGCAGAGUAAGUCUGGAGAGUGCUUGGGCCCUCUCCGGUGUCUGGUUAAGAACUGGGAAGUCAUCAAUUAUUAUCAGGAGGAUUAUCCUGAAUGGCUUUUAAUCCAUUAUUGUACUGAGAUAUGGCCGUCCUAUCCCCUUGAUAGGGAUCCUUGGCCUGAUAAGGGAACAUACAAAUUGAGCAUUGCAUGCGAUUUGUCUAACUUUUGUGAAAGGGAAGGGAAGACUAAUGAGAGGGAUUAUGUUGAUUGGUGGAUUUAUGCUAUCACUCACCCUGAUUUGCUGAAAGGUUGUGGAUUUUUUAAUAAGAGGAUAUUACAAAAGAAUGCCAAAUGUAUGCCAAAUACUAAACCCCCUCCCAAGCCAAAGGUUAAGGGGCCCACAGCUGAUGCUGAUCCGGUGAGUGGGGUGCAAAGACUGUACCCUAGACUAGAUGGUUAUGUAGGAGGGAUGGUGUCUCAGGCAUCGGGUGUGGCUACCUCCACAGAAGAUGCUAAUCCGGUGGGUGGGGUUCAGAGAAGACUGUACCCUACACUAGAUGGUUAUAGGGGAGGGGUGGUGUCUCAGCCACUGGACGUGGCUGCCUCACCAAUGCCGGCUACUUCAUCUCUGCUGCUCCAGGCACCGAUAGGUGCAGCUGCAUCAUUCCCCCUCCCUGUUUUGGUCCCUGUUUCAUCUCCUCCCUAUUUGGGCCAAGCCUCAGGGUUCAGCAAUAGGCCAAAUUUGAGAAGCACCCCCAAUUCACUAUUUUCUGAGAUGGAGUCCAAUGAAUCAUGUUCCCAGCUUGAUCAAACUAUGGCCCGUGAACUUCAGUCACUUAAUAAGGACUGUAGACAGCAGGUUGAAGUAAUAGAGAGGGCAGCGACUCCUCAGAUGCCAACCAGGCAAACACCAGUCCCCAUGAUGCAACUUGGAGAAGUGAAAAAUAGUAGAGAUGUUUCGCUGGUGCAUGUUCCAGAUACCAGUGUGGAGAAGCAAAUGAUUUUUGAAAAGGCCUGUGCUCUUGCCCCAAAGGACCAACAAGACAAUAGUGGGCAACCUGUCAAUGAGGUGGUUCCCCUUACAGACGCUUGUUGGGACCACACUUUUGAAGCAGGUAUUUGGGAGCAUGAGAAUUAUGGGACUCCUUUUUUUAGGGAAAUGAGACAAGCAGUGCCUAAGCAGACAAAUCUGACCAAAUUGUAUGGGAUCCACCAAGAAAAAGAUGAAGGUCCAGCAACAUUCUUGGGGAGACUGAUGCAUGCCUUUAAGAUCUACAGUGACAUGGACCCUGAGGCAGAUGCGACUGCCCAAAUGAUGAAGGCUAUGUUUAUUAAGCAAUCAUAUGCAGAUAUCCACCAAGAGUUGCAAAAGACAGAUGGGGCAUCAGAAAAGUCCCUGGUUGAGUUGCUGGAAAUUGCAUUUAAGGUGUAUGUGAAUAGAGAGAAAGAGGAAGAAGAGAAGCUACUGGCCUCAAUCACAGCAGUGGAGCAAGUUCAGAAAAGGGGACAGCGACAGACACCCUUGCCUAGGAAUAUGUGUGCCUAUUGUCGUGUAAGGGGCCAUUGGAAAAUGGAUUGCCCCAAGUUGGAAAAGAGGGCUGCAGAAAGAUUUACGGAGUCUGAGAUGGCAAAUAAUAAACUUUCCCUGAACCAUAAAUCUGUGGAGCUGUCGAGCAAUGUGCAGGAUAUUCGCAAUCUGCUGGAUGGAGGGGAUCCUUUCGGAUUUUUCCUCACUAAAGUAAAACGAAUUCACUCUGAAUAUAACUCUGGAGCCCUUUGCAUAAAAGAUAUUUUGUCUCCUGUUUUGGGGACUCUUGUAUCAUCUGCUCAGUUUAGCUAUAUUAUAGAUGUAGAGUGGCUUAUCAAACAGUACCCAGAAGAAUUCAGAAACAAACCUUUAUUAAUUGUCCAUGGGGAGAAAGGAGAGUCCAAGGCUAAUUUGCAUGAACAAGCAAAGCCCUAUAAAAAUGUUCGCUUCUGCCAGGCUAAGUUGGAUAUUCCCUAUGGAACCCACCACACGAAAAUGAUGCUGUUGUAUUAUGAGGAAGGCCUCCGUGUCGUGAUACAUACCGCCAAUCUUACUGAGAAUGAAUGGGACCUGAAAACACAAGGUUUAUGGCUAAGUCCCUUAUAUCCAAAGCUGCCACCUGGAACACAGGAGUUUGCUGGUGAAUCUUCUACCAAUUUUAAGUCUGAUCUGAUCACUUAUUUGAUGUCAUACGAAUCCCGAGUUUUCAAUGAAUGGAUUGAAAUAAUUGAGCAACAUGAUCUUUCAAAGACAAGUGUAUAUCUUGUUGGGUCUUCUCCGGGUCGAUACAUAAACAAUGACAAAGAGAAAUGGGGUCACCUUAGACUAAGAAAGCUUUUAAAAGAUCAUGCAAUGGAAGUGCCGGGUGAAGAUAUUUGGCCUGUAAUUGGGCAGUUCUCCAGUAUUGCAUCCCUGGGAGCUGACCAGUCCAAAUGGCUGUGUUCAGAGUUCAGACAAAGUCUGGCCACUCUAGGAAACAGCGCAGAGUCUCUAACGGAUCAGGAGGUUCCCAUUCAUCUGAUUUAUCCCACUGUGAAAAACGUGAGGCAGAGUUUGGAAGGUUAUUCAGCUGGAAAUUCUCUUUCAUAUGGCAUACAGAAUGCAGAGAAACAGCUUUGGCUGUGCUCUUACUUCCACAAAUGGUCAGCGGAAACUUCAGGUCGCAGCAAGGCCAUGCCUCACAUUAAGACUUACAUGAGAGUGUCUUCUGACUUCCAAAAGAUUGCAUGGUUUUUACUGACAAGUGCCAAUCUUUCCAAGGGUGCUUGGGGAAAAUUCGAAAAACAUGGUACCCAGCUGAUGAUCCGAUCGUAUGAGCUAGGAGUCCUCUUCUUGCCUGCUAAAUUUGGUCUGAAUACUGGCUAUUUCCAGGUGAAGAAAAACCUGUUUUCUGAUGAGCCAGCAUUAUUGUUUCCUGUGCCUUAUGAUCUGCCCCCAGAGAAGUAUGACAGUGAAGAUUGUCCAUGGAUUUCAUAUACAUGAAAAUAUGCGGUUUCCUGAAUGAAAAGCUCCGGUUUCCUCUGAAACUGAUACUGACCCCACUAACUACCCUGCAGAGAGCGUGGUUUUAAUAAUACAGAUUUGUACACAGGUUAAUUCAGUUUCUUUCUUUCUUUCUUUCUUUCUUUCUUUCUUUCUUUCUUUCUUUCUUUCUUUCUUUCUUUCUUUCUUUCUUUCUUUCUUUCUUUCUUAUUGAUUGAAAGCCUUUUGGGAAAACAGUAUCAGCUACACAACUACUUCAAAAUGCAGUGCUUUUAAAACUGUUUCAUAAACUUGAAAAGAUCCAAAUGAGUAUGUCAGGAGGCUUUCUUCUUAAAUGAGCACAAAUAUAUUCAAUGUGUUUCCUGGAAUUACUAGCCCUGAUGAACAGAAAUUUGUAUACAAUUUGUAAUAAAGUGAAUAAAAGUACUUUGUCAUUGAAAUAUGAA